AUGGCGCCGGAGUGUCACCGGCACCACCCUUAUAGCCGUCCUCAACCGUCGUUCAAGGCAUCUGGUCCGAUUCGGCACCAAACCCAAGUCGCCUCCGUCGUCCGAUACGCCCAGAACCGGAUGUCGUCGGCGGUUGUUUAUUCCGGCAUCCCAUCAAGGUCGGCGCCGGCUUCAAGGCUUGUACGUUGUUGUAGAAAUUACAGGACCCGCGCUUCUGCGAUCAAUCGGGUUCUGUGGACACCUUCCGGCAGGCUGAUCACCGGCUCCCGAAACGGCGAGUUCACUGUUUGGGAUGGCCUCUCGUUUCGCCAUGAAUUGACCGUUGAGGAGGCUCAUGAUCAUUCCAUCAGGUCCAUGGUGUGGAGUUUUGAACAUGAAGACUGGAUCUCUGGUGAUGAUGGGGGAUGCAUCAAGUACUGGAAGACCAACAUGACCAAUGUCUGGGAUUAUGAGACCUGCCAAGAGGAGCGCAGAUUGACUGGCCAUAGUUGGAAUGUGACCAGUGUCGACUGGCACCCUACAAAGUCUCUGGUAGCCUCUGGUGGGAAGGACGGUGUUGUCAAGCUGUGGGAUGCAAGGACAGCAAGAGAGCUUUGCUCUUUUUAUGAUCACAACAGUUGGGUCAACUCUGUCAAGUGGAACCAAAACGGUAACUGGCUCCUCACUGCUUCCAAGGAUCAGGAAGACUAUCUUGUCAGUGGGACUGGUGAUGGAUCCAUUCUUCAUUGGCUAGUUGGGCAUCUAUCUCCCCAGGUUCAACUUCCUAAUGCACACAAUAGCAAUAACUAUAAUAACAGUGUGUGGGAUUUGAAGUGGCAUCCUAUGGGUCAUAUGCUUUGCAGUGGCAGCAAUGAUCGCACUACUAAGUUUUGGUGUAACAAUGAUGAAUCUGAUAUUAAUGAGAAUCAAAGUUUUGGUGUUCUAAAUUCUGCUUUUGCUGCUUACAUGUCUUGUAGUUUUCCUUUACCAUUUCAUGAAGAACAACCUUCACUCGUUGCUAAGAGAGAAGGAACCGUUAUUCCAGGUGUUGGGAUUGCAAUUUAA